AUUAAAGGUUUUGUGUUUCCUAUUGUUACCUUUGUACCUGGAACAUCCCUUCCAGGAGAUAAGCAUUUUUCUAUAUUUGGAUCUUUGUGACAAUCCGGAAUGACUGCAAUGACUUGUUCCAGCUGUUGUCAGAACAUACAGUAUUUUAAAAGAACGGAGACAGCUAUCCAUCAAUUUUCUAUAGCACGUGUCUUUCGGAUCGUGGGUGCGCUCGAAACGAUCCCGACUAACUUUGGGCGAGAACUGGUUGGUCGCAAGCCAUUCUCAGUAAUCCGAGACAUUGUUGUCCUUUAGUUCAGUUAGAUGCCAGGUCCUAUACUGCAUUUCAGCACACUUCCAAGUCGAGGAGCAUCGUGUAAAGGAGAGCUUCUAGAGCUGGACUGCAACGCAAGGAUGAAGAUGUUGCUUCCACUUCUUCUGAGAUUGACCACCUUGCUCCUCCAGGCCGAUCAUCCAGUCUCCUCCAGCAGGUUUUUGUCAUUCCCAGUCAAGUCAUGCGGUCUUUUCAUUCUUCCUCCUCUUCCUCCUCCGCUCUUUCCUCCACUAAAGCAAAGAGCAGAAUUGAUGGUUGAUAUAAAGGCACACAUCACAGGGCCUAAAGGAGAGAAGGGCUGUCGAGGAGCCAGGGGACCAAAGGGUCAAGCGGGUGUUAUGGGUGCAGAGGGAGCAGCAGGAAAAAGAGGGUCGACGGGACCGAGUGGACCCCAGGGAGAGAAGGGCUACAGAGGCUGGAGGGGCCUCAAGGGAGAAACCGGAUCACCAUGCAUGAUGAUGGGAAGUACAGGGCAAGCAGGAUUACGGGGGGAUAAAGGCUUCAAGGGAGACACAGGACCCAGAGGAGCUCCUGGUGAUCCAGGCAUUACAGGGAGGUGUGGUGAGAAGGGCGAUGGUGGCCUGUGGGGUGAGCCAGGACCUAACGGAAUGCAGGGCUCCAGAGGAGAGCCUGGUGGCAGAGGAAUCACGGGUUUGAAGGGGUCAACUGGGCCUACUGGAAAGAUGGGUUACCCUGGUUUGGUGGGAUUGCCUGGUUUGCCUGGAGAGCCAGGACUUCCUGGACAAGUGUAUGUUUUGACAGGUCAGCAAGGGGAACCAGGAAGUCGAGGUCCUUCAGUCGCAUGUAGCUGUACCAGGGAUAGAACCCCGGAGCCAUUAGCGGAUCGAGUCCAGAGGAUUUUCAUAGCAGAUGGAGACACAAUGAUGAGGAAGCUGCAAGGGCAGAAUGUAAUGGUUCUCCGGACCGACAAGCAGGCUCUCUACAUCUACAUCGAGGCUCAGUGGAUCGAUGUAUUGACAGAUCCCAUUCUGCCAAUUGCAAUUGAUAACAUCUCUUUAAAUGGGUUUUCUCUUUCCGUGCUGCUGCUCUUCGGAUCAAGAACCCAAAAAGUGAAAGCAUCCCCGCUUGAGUCCCCUCAACACAUAUUUCCAACAUGCUCACUCCAACACGCAAGAACCUCAUUCCAGCAUUUUAUCAUACUUGAAUAAACAAUUCCUGUUAAGUACUGUAGCUUGUGAUGAUAUGCAACCAUGACAGUGAGCUUAUUUCAUAUGAACUUUAUCAUAAAUCUUGUUUGGGCAAUAAACUUUAGCAAUGCAAGUACA